CAAUUGUAGAUAUGGGUUCUUAAACAUUUAACCCAAACAUACAUCAUAAGCAAUCUUCCAAAACUUUCUUUGCUUCGACGAAACUCAGAGCAGUUGUUCAGAUAUGAAACUCGCGCCGUACCUCGCCUCCUUCUUCUUGUUGAUGUUAACGCUCUCAGACUCAGAAGCCUCCGUAACAUCAUCUCGGAUCCUCAACAGCCUCACCAGCAGUAGCAGCAAUUACUUGACCAAUCAGGAACUCUGGUUCAAUCAGAAUCUUGAUCACUUCUCUCCAUAUGAUCAUCGUCAAUUUCCACAACGUUACUAUGAAUUCCUUGACCACUUUCUGCCUCCUAAAGGACCAAUCUUUUUGAAAAUAUGUGGUGAAGGUCCAUGCAAUGGCAUACCCAAUGACUAUGUCAGCGUUUUGGCUAAGAAGUUUGGAGCGGCAGUGGUUUCUCUUGAGCAUCGCUACUAUGGGAAGAGCUCCCCCUUCAAUUCUUUGACAACCGAAAAUCUGAAAUAUCUAUCAUCCAAGCAAGCUCUUUUUGAUUUGGCUGCCUUCCGCCAAUAUUACCAGGGAUCCUUAAAUGCAAAGCUCAAUAGAUCCAAUGUCGAAAAUCCCUGGUUCUUUUUUGGUGUUUCAUACCCUGGAGCUCUUAGUGCAUGGUUCCGUCUGAAAUUCCCCCACUUAACAUGUGGAAGUCUUGCAAGUUCUGCAGUUGUUCUUGCUGUUUACAACUUUACUGAAUUUGAUCAGCAGAUUGGUGUUUCAGCUGGUCCAGAAUGUAAAGCUGCAUUACAAGAAGUUAAUCAACUCGUGGAACAAAGGCUUGUCACAAAUGGCAAAGAAUUGAAGACCAUGUUUAGUGCAGCUGAGCUUAAGAUUGAUGCUGAUUUCCUGUAUUUUCUGGCAGACGCUGCAGUUAUUGCGUUUCAAUAUGGAAAUCCAGAUACAUUAUGCUCCCCUCUUGUUGAAGCAAAGACUGACGGGCAGGAUCUGGUGGAUGCAUAUGCUAAAUAUGUAAAAGACUAUUUCCUUGGGAAGUUUGGUGUUAGUGUUCAAACAUAUGAUCAGCAGAAUUUGAAAAACACUGUUCUCAAUGGUGGAAGUUCUGAUCGAUUGUGGUGGUUCCAAGUAUGUACUGAAGUUGCUUAUUUCCAGGUGGCACCCGCAAAUGAUAGCAUGCGCUCUUCAAAAAUUGACACAAGAUACCACUUGGACCUUUGCAAAAAUGUUUUUGGAGAGGGCAUCUAUCCUGAUGUUGAUGGGACAAAUCUAUACUAUGGAGGCACAAAAAUUGCAGGUUCAAAAAUAGUUUUCACAAAUGGCUCACAGGAUCCAUGGCGACAUGCAUCCAAACAGACUUCAUCCCCAGAUAUGCCUUCCUACCUCAUUACUUGUCAUAAUUGUGGCCAUGGAACUGAUCUCCGAGGAUGUCCCCAAUCUCCUUUAAGUCCUGAAGGCGAUGCCAAGAAUUGUAGCUCACCCGACGCAGUUCACAAAGUAAGGCAACAACUGAUUGAAAACAUAGACUUGUGGCUGUCUCAGUGCCAAGAAGCCACAGGUAGGAGUUUUAUGUGAUAAGCGUUGUGGCAGAGAAGCAAAUAAUAAACGUUAAUGAAUGUAUCUAACUUUUAAUUUAAUGGAUUACAUUCUCAACAGAUGCAUAACUGGCUUAUACAUUGAAGAUAUGCCCUAUAUGUGUUGCUUUUUAUGUGUAUGUACGUUUACCAAUUCGAACAGUAUGUAAAACAUAGUACCCUAUUGCCACGGAUUUGUAUUUAUUGCCUUGGCUUUAUAUUUGUCUGCUCUUAACUCUCAUUUGGUUGUAAAUAUAUGAAAUAAAAUACCUGGAAUAAAAUUGAGUGAAGAAUGUGGAACUAUAUGUUAAUGAUCAAAA